AUGCGUCAGGAGUAUGCUUAUGAUAAGAAUCCGGUGGAAUUUGAUGUAGCCAGUUUCGUCCAACCCGAUGAAGAUACGAUUACCGAUGAAGAAACCACCAGGCGACGAAAUCAAAGAAGACGACGCAUUUCAAAGAACAAUGACUACAACUCAGUUUUUGGGCUGAACAUGGAUGAAGGAAAUAGCGGAGAUGUAAAUCAAGAUUACCUUAGCCUUGGGGAUCCGCCAGCGAAACUCAAUCCAACCUUGCUGGACCUCGGUCCAACUGUAUUAAAAGACUCAUUGAACAUAAAGAAAUUUAAAAUGAAUGCAAUGGAUGAAUCAAAUGCGAAAUAUACCCGUGACAAUAUCAAGAAUCAAAUUGUCAUGCCAGAACCAAAUCCUGCACAUAAUCCACAGAAGAAAUGCAUUUUGAAAAGCUUAAAGCUUCCAUUUUUCCCCCGCUCUAACAAAACUGAGUCUUUAAAGCCAAAGAAAACCAGAAAGAGAAAGUUGUUUUGUUUCAAAUGCUCAAAGGAAAAAUCUAAAGACAAAUUUGAACAAAACGGGGUUCAAGUAGACUUGAUACCAGAAAAUAAGAAAAUUAAGAGGUCUUACGAGGAAAACAUGUGUCCAGCUUGUAAAAAGAAAUUCAUCACUUUCGAGUCGAACGAAAAUAGCAAACCUUGGAAUAAGAAAUGGCACAAUCGGCUAAUAAGUGAAAAAUGUUAUGAUACAAAUGUGAAAGAAUAUCCUAGAACAGAUACAAAUAAAUACACAAAGUUCAACUCUGAUGACUUUGGAGAUGAUACAGAUGAUAAUCAAAGAAAUAAAAGAGAAGAGCCAGGAAUCUUGAUGAGGAGAGAAUUAGAUGUGAUUCAGCAAAUGAUUGAACACGAUGACGUCCGUUUACCUUCCAGUGCAAAGACUACGGGACCGCCGCCGGAAUAA